AUGACCGUCGAGGGUGGUCCUCUCCAAGCAAGUGCUCUGCCUGCAGCCCCAGCCGCGACGGCUGAAGGCGGCAAGAACUUGCAGGAGGCUGUGUACAAGUCUGCAGUCAAACCCACCACCAAGAAGCCUAAGAAGGACACUACAGCCACAGAACCAGCUGAACCGAAGACUUUGGACGAGCGGGCCAGCGAGAAGAUGGAGGAAUGCCUCAAGAAAGGGGCUGAUGGAAGGAAGUUCGGUGUUUCGCUGGAGAGCCUUGAGUACUCUGGGGACCUCGCUUCCAAAAUGCUGGAGUUCAGCAAGAAGAUGGAAACUGUUUACAAGAAACUCCAAGAGCUUCGUUCGUCAGGUUCAACCGAUGAAGCCCAAUAUGAGAAGAUGUUCAGCAUCAUUGAUUCCAAGUUGGAGUGGUUCACCAAAGCUGAGGCUCUACAUGUCCAAACCACCCAGGUGUUCAAGAACAUGUCCCCUCUAACAGUUAUAUAG